UGUAGGCAUCCUCCCAUGGACACCAACUCUAAUUAUUACGAUUAUUUCGAACCCUUUUGCAAAUGGCAAAGUGGGGAAACCAGCAACACUCUCAGAGUCCAUCUCCAAGGCUUCCAACGGGACCAAAUAAACGUGAUGGUCAAGUUUGGCAAAAUAUUGAUCGAAGGAGAACGUGAAUAUGUUUUGGAAGGAACCUCAGCAACAAGAUGGAAGCGAUUCAGCAAAGAAAUACCACUUGAAGGAAGAGAGUGCAAACUGUGCAAUAUGAAAGCAAAAUUUGAAGCAGGUGUUCUUUCUAUAAUUCUGCCUAAGAAAGUUCAUAAAGCAGAUCAACUUGGCCUGAGUAAAUUAGUCUCAAAGUUGAAUGUUACAAGGACUACUGUGGAAGUCAUGCUAGCAGUUUCCAUGGGGUUGGCUGUUGGGGCAUAUGGAACAUACAAAUUAAUAUUCCCAAAUUAAUAUUUCUUUUUGGUGUUAAUUUUUUUUAAUUGAUUUGGGUUGUAGAUGUAGAGUAUGUAUAAGCUGAUCAAAAUUACUCAUCAAUAUUGACGCUGAAAAGUUCAUGCAAUAUGCCUCGAAUAAGAGACAAAAUUGAAGACCGCCUAUGGUCGGCUUACAAUUUUCACUAUGUUGCCAAUGCAAGUAUGGUCGGC